AGGUACUCUAUACUCCCUGCUCUCAGUGUUGAAGAAGGAAUACUCCACACAAAUAUUCAGGAGGGAGCAUACACAACAGCCACAUUCAAUGACUUCAUCUGUUCUAUUUUCCCACGCAUGAACCCAUUCCCUCUCCCUUGGUCUGUUCUGAUUAUGGACAACAUGUCGAUCCACAAGUCUGAUGAGCUUGAGCAAAUG